UUUUAGACUUGACAAGACAUUUUUAUCAUCAUCUUGCAGCUCAUUGUUUUGCAGUGGUCCUUAAUGUCAGCGGUAUGCUUUUCAGCUGACUGGUCUGACAUUAAAUGUGAAUUAAUAAUUAAAGUUAUAAAUGUCUUAAAUUCCCGUGUAAUUUUGUUAUGGAUCAAGAUUGAGGUCCUGAUCAUGCUGUGCCGUGUUCAUACCAUACAGGUCUCUUACAGGGGUGUUGUGUACACAGCCAGUCACAGCCACAACAUCUGUGAUUCUCCUCCCCCCGUCCCACGUCCAGCCCUCUGCGUGCCUGGGCCGGCUUUCUCUCCUGAUUUAGAUCGUGCUCCGCACACAGGGACGGGAGCACAGCUGAAAUAUGCUCCGGUCGGGCCAGAUCAAGCACUGAAUGCGUUUGUCUCACAGCGGGACCCCUGAACAUGGACCCUCUGACAGAGUUCCCCUUUAUGGAGGAUGAGGGGCUGACCAUGAAGAGGACAGCAGGGGUCUCCCUCUCUGUGUCCCUCUCAGAGCCUCUCCAGGACCCUGACUCAGACGCGUAUGCCAAGUUCUUCAUGAGUCACUGCUGCUACGAUGCCAUUCCAACGAGCUCCAAACUGGUCAUCUUUGACACAACACUGCAGGUGAAAAAAGCAUUCUUUGCACUGGUUGCAAACGGGGUCAGAGCGGCACCUUUAUGGGAUAACAAGCUGCAGUGUUUUGUAGGGAUGCUCACCAUUACAGACUUUAUCAACAUUCUUCAUCGUUACUACAGAUCUCCCAUGGUUCAGAUCUAUGAGCUGGAGGAACACAAGAUUGAAACAUGGAGAGAGGUCUAUCUACAGUAUUCUCUCAACUCCCUGAUCAGCAUCACACCUGACUCCAGCCUCUUUGAAGCCAUUUAUUCCUUGCUGAAGAACAAGAUUCACCGUCUACCCGUCAUAGAUCCAGAAUCAGGGAACGUCCUCCACAUACUCACCCAUAAACGCAUCCUCAAGUUCUUACACAUCUUUGGCUCGAUGAUCCCUAAGCCACGAUUCUUACAGAAGCGGAUUGAGGAAGUGAAAAUUGGAACAUUCAAGAGCAUUGCAACUGUCAGGGAGACAGAAACAGUUUAUGAUGCUUUAUCAAUAUUUGUAGAGCGACGGGUCUCAGCCCUGCCCGUCGUCAAUGAGCAAGGGAAAGUGGUGGCACUUUACUCCAGAUUUGAUGUCAUUAAUUUGGCUGCACAGAAAAGCUACAACAACCUGAACAUGACGAUGCAGGAGGUCAUUCAGAGCCGCUGGUGCUGCAUUGAGGGGGUGCUGAAGUGUUACCCUCACGAGACCCUCGAAACCAUCAUUGAUCGGAUCGCUGAGGCUGAGGUUCACCGUCUAGUGCUGGUGGACACAGAGGAUGUGGUGAUGGGAAUCGUCUCGCUCUCUGAUUUGCUUCAGGCACUGGUCUUGACUCCUGCAGGCGUUGAAGCACUUUUCUCUUAACACCAGUGGAGGGCUCCCUCUCCACAAUCAUCCUCAUUUCAUAUCAUACCAGAAUUUAGUUUUCCAGAAUUUUGUCCUAAAGCAAACCAUGAGCCAACCAUGAAGAUGAAUGUUUGAAGACAGAACGUGUAAAUAUUUUUGAUGUUGCUGGCCCUUUGGGAUUUUAUAUAUUACUUUAAACAUGUCUAAUCUUAUUUUGCAAUUUAACUUGUAUAUUUGUAUAAUUUAUUAAAUAAUUAACAACUAGUCAUUUGAAUUGUGAUGGUUCUAUGUCAGAUAAAACUGCAGAUGUUUUGUCACAUAGUAUGUUAUAAUGCUAACCCUCCAGGCAAAAAUCUCCUUUUUUAAUAACAUUUUUGUUAUAAACUUCAUGACCCUUGAUCCUUUCAUUGUAAAUAAACAGACAAUCAUGUUAUUUAUUUAGUCAUAUAAUUCACUGAAGUGUUCCUGCAGAUUUUUCAUACUCUCAGUAGAUUUACAAUGUUAUAGUGCACAAAUGUUCUUUUUUUCCUACUACAUACAACAUGUUUAAUUCAAUGAUUGUACUGUUAUUAUUAUUUUGGUAAAGAAAAAAUCUGGGUGAAAAACUGCUUAACAGAAUAAAACAAAAUUAUAAGCAUUUAACUAUGGUUCUGAGUCUUCUAUAAAUAUAAUAAGCAUAAUUUGUAUAUAUUUUUAAAUAUUAUUUGUAAAAUUUAAUUUUUAUGUUUCAAUAGAAGAAAAUAAAUAAUUCAGCCUGGUGAUGGCAAAUACAGAGUUCAGUGUUUGAGUUGUUGGUGUAUAUAUUUACCAGAGGUGUAUCCUUGUACAUCCUGCUUUUCACUGUUAGCAAACACUGUCAUGCUAAGUACUUAUGACUUUCUAAGUAGGAGUUUAACAACCUAAUUUGCAUCAUUUGCGCUUCAUACCAGUUUGAACACUUACAUUUAUUUCAGUGUGUGCUAGCACCUUUGACAUUAAAUAUCAAACACUGACUAAUGUUUUGAAGCACUUAAUCCACAAAACUACGGUAUGUCAAUGACUAAUGUCUCGAGACACUGUGAACGAGUUAAUGCUAUUCAAAUAAAAUGAAAACUAAACACUUUAUAAUAAGCCUGCACAAGUUAACAUGAACAGUUACUUCUGAAAAUGAUAACGAUUA